AUGGCCAAUAAAUCACGACCAAAGAAAAUCAAGGCCCCUUAUAGGAAGUAUGUGGCGGGCGAGGGUUUCUCUUCUACAAGAAGUGAUAACCAAGCGAAGGAAUUCACUAUCACAGUACCCGAUGAUGCAGAACUAAUUGAGACUCCGCAGGGGUCUUAUUAUUAUGAUGAAACGAAUGAUACUAUAGUGAAGUUGACCCGACUGAGCAAUGGUAAAAAGGAUAAAAAAGGAUACAGGCAAUUGCCAUUGUCAUCAUUAGCAUCGCACACUAAGAAAGAAGAGGAUGGACAAGUAAUAGAAAGAGAGAAAAAAAGCAUAAAUUCGUUAUCUUCUAGGAUGGUCUUGCCAUGGGAAGUUCAGUAUAGGAUAAUCCAUUAUCUUGAUGUACCGCAGGAAGAAGAAAAUGGUGAUAAGGUCACUAGUGGAAAAAGAAUAACCACAGGGAUAAUCGUGAAUUACCUGCUAGUUUGUAGAAACUGGUAUGGCAUGUGUCUACCAAAGCUUUAUUUUGCACCAGCAUUGACAAGUAAGAACUUCAACGCAUUUGUCGAUACAAUCAUUAUAAACAAGAAGAAGAAUUUGGGAUAUUACGUCUUUGAGUUGAAUUUGUCUACAAUUCUACAAAGUGGUAGAAAUUCUUUUGUUUCCAAGCUGUUGCGACGAUGCUGUUCUAAUUUAACCAAAUUUAUUGCUCCACAGACUAGCUUCGGUUACGCGCCACUAAUUUCAUUGAAAUCGUGUCAUGAUUUAAAGUUUCUAGACUUGGGACUAGUGUCAGAAACGGUUAAACUAAAGGAGCUAUUUUCUGCGAUCAAAAACUUCACCAAAUUAACCCAUUUAUCUUUCCCUAGAUCAUCGAUUGACUGCCAGGGGUUCCAAGAUAUUGAAUGGCCGCAAAAUCUCAGAUAUCUGAAAUUAAGUGGGGGGAUAACAAAUGAAUUUGUCAUCGACACGAAAUGGCCAAAAACCAUCACCACUUUGGAACUUUCUUACUGCCCUCAAAUCAUGGAGUUGUCUAUCUACUCGUUGUUGUCACAGAUUGGCGAUAAUUUAAAACACCUAUUUUUCCACUAUCCGAUGCCAUCCUUGACGGAAAAUUCCUUGGACCACAUCUUCACGUAUUGUGCUAAUUUGAUUUCGUUGCAAAUCAUGGUUGAUUAUUGUUCCAAAUGGUGCUUUUCUGAAUUCAUGCUGAGUAAAUUGGUGGAAUACGAUAGACCCCUCAAAACUCUGUACUUGGAAUGCAGCGGUUCCCUGGGAUUGGCCUCUAAGAUUCAUCCUGAUGACCUGACAAUUGCCAUAUUAGAGUCAAGGCUACCCUGCCUGAAGAAUAUAUGUGUUUCUCCCAAGUUGGGUUGGAACAUGAAAAGCGACGAGGUCGCCGAUUUAGUAGUUUCUUUGGAAGAUCAAGAUGGCAGCUUAUAUCUAAAUUAUUAG